AUGGAUAUCACGCAACGCCUGCAGCAAUGUGUCAUUGAACCUCAACAAAAGACCAAAAUCGACGCAUUCACCAAAGUUCUCGACGACGUGCUUGCAUCUUCAGCUGUGGGACCAGCUCAGGUUCAGAAUCUUAAAGAGUACGUCCAAUGUGUCCUUGAUGAGCAAGUUGGCUUGGUCGUGGCGCGUCAGCUGUUAUCCGAGUUUAUCACGUUAUUCAACGAACGGGUCCAAGACAAUGAAGUCAAGAAGCAAGUGCUUACUUUUGCGAUUGAACUUGCUCAGCCUCGUUCGGUGAGCUUUGAAGAACAGCUAUCGCAACUACGAGAGAAUCUUGCCAAAGUAUACGAAGAUGAAGAGGAUUAUCUUGAAGCAGCCAAAGUAUUACAAAGCAUUCAACUUGAUUCGGGUCAUCGGAGCAUUUCAGAUGAAUACAAGCUUGGGAUCUAUGUACGAAUCAUGCGACUACUAUUGGAAGUGGAUGAGGCUGUUACUGCUGAUACCUAUCUCAAUCGAGCGGCAUUGUUGAUUCACAGCUCGAAUGACCUCGUCCUCAAUUUGACAUUCAAGCUUUGCCAAGCACGCAUCCUUGACGCCAAACGACGUUUCCUCGAAGCAGCCACCAAAUACCAUGAAUUAAGCUAUGAGACCCAAAUUGAUGAAUCCGAUCGUCUUCGAUGCUUAAUGUCUGCAGUGCAAUGUGCUGUGUUGGCGGGUGCAGGUCCUCAACGAUCACGCAGCUUGGCUACGCUUUACAAAGAUGAAAGGACACACCAUCUCGCAUCAUUCCCAAUCCUUGAAAAGACAUACAUGGAUCGUGUGAUACGACAAAACGAAGUCGCCGAGUUUUUCGCCACCUUGCAACCUCAUCAUCGUGCGCAAUUAGCGGAUGGUACCACUGUUUUCGAUCGAGCCAUACGUGAACACAACUUGCUCUCUGCCUCCAAGAUUUACAACAAUAUCACAUUUGAUGAGCUUGCGGCUUUAUUGAAUGUUUCGAGUGACAAGGCGGAAGAGAUUGCAGGUCACAUGAUUAGUGAGAAUCGGAUGGUUGGCAGCAUUGAUCAAAUGGAGCAAAUGAUUUCUUUUGAAUCUGGAGGAGCGGCACACAAUGAAAGAGCUGGCGGUGAUCAAACACUCGUGGCAGCAGCUGCUUCUCAAAACACACGUCGUAUUGAGCAAUCCAUGAUGGAGAUAUCAAAAUGGGAUUCGGCUAUUCAGACCUUAUGUCAUGAUUUGGACAGCAUUAUCACCACCAUCCACGAAAAAUAUCCCGACUAUGCCCCUGAGAGUUUCUCCAUGAUUGGCUAA